AGAUGUGUGUCAGUGCCAUGGUCACUACUGGUGUUUUCCUUGGACCUGUAGCCUCCUGUUUUGGCACCUCUUUUCACAACACAAUGAGCCCAUUGAUGUGGAUUGAGAUGAUGCUCAUUUUGUCUCAAGCCUCUGGCACUAGUGGUGUGGAUUGGAAAGCUGAUUACCCGAAGGUUGUUUUUACCAAUAAGGGAGAUGAUGUGACCAUUCCAUGCAAUGUUACCUAUCCCCCGUCCCCAUCUAAAGAGCCUAUCCAGGCCUACUGGAAACGCCUGGGAAAAACUAAACUUAAGAUCAAUGAAAAUGACAAGAAUGAAUUCCUCUAUCACCCCAACAACACAUUCGUCAUCAAGAGUUUUCAGAACAGGACCAACCUGACAGGAAAUGUCACUAAGGGAAACUGCUCCCUGAACAUCAAGAGAAUUGAAGAAGGCGACAUGGGGCCCUCCUACUACUUGAGAAUUGCCACUGGAGCCAACAACUUCAGUUUUAUUAAUGAACUUGUCUACAUUAACAUUUCUGGAACCUCCGGGACUAUUUCAAUCAUACCAAUGGACAAGUCAAACACAGUUGAUUCCACGACUACAGUUCCAUUAGCCACCACAGAAUUGUGUGAGGAAGCGCUAUCCACGACCAUAUAUAUUGCCAUCACGGUCCCAGUGGUUGUAGUUUUACUGGUUGCUGUAUUGGGAAGUGUUUGGUUCUUCAAGUACAGGAAAAGGUCCAGGUUUGUCACUAAGCAAGUGUCUGGAUAUUAUGCUAAUUUCACCAUGACUCCAAUGGCCAAACCUGAAAGAGUCAAAACUACAAAGAAAGAUGACACCCAAGUUCCUCCUCCAAGGGUCAUCGAUGAGCCCGUCUAUGGCAACGUCCAGGGUCCAAACGAUCCGAUGGACAGUAUGGAUCAAAUGGACAGUGUAUAUGCAAAUGUGGAUCAUGCAAAACAGUGAUGAAGCUGCAUCUCAGAUUUCGUCACUGCUUAAUAAUACUUGUUGAAUAUGUGUGUGUGUGCGCGUGUGUGUUUUUGUCUUGAUUGUUUUCUUGUCAAAAGGCAGUUUACAGAGUGUCAGCCCUCGUUUUUCACAUCCUGUUUGACUUUCACUUGGUUAGACAAUAAUAUGUGCAGUUUGUUUGUUAAAUGUAAAAUACAUAGUUCAGUAUGUAACUAUUUUUGAAAGGACUGGCUUUCAAAUAAACAUACUUACUGAGAUGAUA